AUGCCUUCAUUCAAGACCAUCUUCUCCAUCGCAACCUUCGCGUUCGCCGCUUUCGCCGCCGCUGCGCCCACUCCCCAGGCUGCUUCGCCGUCUGAUUUCGCCAUCACCAAACGCACUGACGAUGCCCACCUUAAAUCCCUCGAAGUCAUUCUCACCGAGACCACUUCGGGACUGAAGCCCCUCUGUAACAAGCUCACCGAUGCCAUAGGCGUGGAUAUUGAGAUCGAGCUCGAAGUCGAAGUCGAGUUGGCCCCCAUCAUCAAAGAGAUUACAACUGUUCUCAAAGCUACUAUCGCGGAAGUCAAGUUGCUCGUUGGCCAUGUCGUCGAAGUUGACGUCAAGGUGAUCGCUGUCCUUGUUGGCGACCUCCUCACGCUUCUCUUCUGUACGUUCGGCGCCAUUGUCAAGGUUGUGGGUAAGGUCAAGGGCGAUAUUCUCCUUCCUCUUGUCGGUGAAGUCCUGAAACUCGUCACGGAACUCCUUGCGCUUGUUCUCAGUCUCGUUGGCGGCCUUUUGGUUUGCCUCUUACCUACCAUCCUCAAGCUCAUCCCCUUCAUCUUGCAACUCAACAUUGCCGGUCUUCUUGACGGGCUUCUCCCCCUCCUUGGUCUUGGAGGCCUCCUCCACUAA